GUAGUAAGAGUGUGUGUGUGUUGUGUGGCCGCCUAGGUGUAGACGUGAGUGUAGUAGUGGUUAGUGAAAGCGUGGGUGCGUUCACGAGUGGGUUAGUGUUCAGUAGCGGUGUAAACACUGCCAGCAGACGGGUGUUGGUGUGUAGAGGCUACACUAGUGAGUCUAGGAAGUGUACGUUAGUGCUUAGUAACGAGUGCAGUGCGUUAGUGCUUUGUAGUGACUUAGUUGUUUGGUGAAAGUGUGUUGUGUUGUGAUUACCUGACACAAACAGCAAAAAGUAGGAUCAGCUGAGUGACGCAGGGCAGGAGAGAGGUGCGGGCGUUUUACGCGUCGCCUGGCGAUGUGUCAGCACUCAGACAGCGCCAGCGGGGACGAAGACAACAGUAUAAAGCCAGGAGCUGCAUGUCCGCACACCUACAAGUUACCGGAGGUGGUGUAGGUGUGGCCUCCUGGCCGCCGCCACACCACAACAAUGAAACAGUCUUGGAGGAGGAGGUGAAGGGGGAGCGUCGUCGUGGCUCCUGGGACGAGAGGUCCUCGACGACGUGGAGCGACACCAGUGACAGUAUCAUGACCCAGGAGAGUGAGAACAACUCCUCCUCCUUCAGCGGGAGAAGAUCCCUGGCUGCGAUAUUUGGUUCACUCGGAAAGACCAAUAAACAGAGAGCCAUUGCGACAUUACAGCAGCACCGGAAAGCUAGUGGUGACGGACGACAAAGUCAGUUUUACAUUGACCUCCCUCACGCUAACACGCUCGUCGACCACCCUCACAACCACGCCCAUACUGACAGUACUCACGCCCACACAGACUGUCAACACGCCCACACGGACAGUAACAGUACCCGCACAGAUCAAAGUAAUGUAGAGGAGUUAGUAUCGCGCGUGCCGCGACUAGGAGUGUGGGGGACGGACAGCUGUACCUCCAGUGAACAACAACCCGUGAGUCAGAGUGACGCUGGCCACAGGCGGAGUAAGACUCAUCUGGGAGUGUUAGUCAUCCCCGCUUCACUGUGCGAGUCACCGGCGUACAGAGAGAGAGCCUCUGCCGCCCGCAACCACGACUCUAACAUGGGGCUCGUCCUCUCCAGGGAAGAUCUCUCUGAGGAGGAGGACACCGUCACUGAUGGAGACAAAAGUUGUCUCAUCUCUCACAGAGUUCCAGCUGAGGUGUCCAACCAGUAUGUGAGAGUCUUAGCUGAGUUAACACACAACUGCGCCCUCUCACUAUACACCCGAAACUGUGAGGAAGGCCCCGCCCACCUCAACACGGUGACGGGGGGACGUGGGAGAGACACGCAGGCUGUUACACAACACCUGCAGUGUGAGGAGGACCGAGGUUGGCCAACUGUCGCUCACACGAGUGAAAGUCCAACACCUGAUGAUGAUGAUCGAACGCUGGACCAAUAUCGUCAUUGUGAAGGUGAAGGUGGUGACCUAAUUGUUGAAGCUGUGAGUGGUGAGGAUGGUGUAACGCGGAGUGAGGAAUGUGGUGAGGGGGGUGAGAGGGAGAUAGAGGAAGGACCCGCGCUCGUCAAGAAACUGUGGACCAUAUCGUCGACCCCCUCACGGGAGGCGAGGGCAGGACCAUGGGUAUCAGUGUGGGGGGACGGGGAGGUGAGUGCUGCCACUCUGGAUGGUACUCAGAAGGAUGGUACAAGUGGUACUCGAGUUAGUGAGGAGGAAGGGGAGGUAAUAGAGGCGGGGGAGGGUGUCCACGGCCACCAUGACGGUGCCAAGACCGACCACACAGGCUCCCUACCGCCGCCACAAGUUAGUGUGAGUAACCCCUCUGGCUGCAGCAUGACGCCAGGUGUGUUGUGUGACACUAACCCACUCACCCACAGUCCUGACAUGACCCCUACGGCCAGUCCGGACUUAACCUCUGACGAUAAACGUGAUAGAAAGAUCUUCCUUAUAGCCCAGGAAGUGAUGACCUCAGAGAGAGUGUUUGUUGAUGUUCUCAAACUGUUAAAUGUUCAUUUUCGUAAGUUUGUGUUAGAGUGGCGUGAGGGAGGUGGCGGCCCCGUCAUCCCUGAGGACGACCUCGCCAGACUACUCAACUAUUUGCCACAAUUACAGAAUCUGAAUGAGGAGAUCCUGAGUGACUUAGAAGAACGCAUCGCAGACUGGGACAGACACAAGAAGAUAUCUGAUGUGAUCGUACGCAAGGGACCGUUCCUUAAACUAUACUCGGCUUACAUCAAGGAGUUCCAGAGCCAGUGUGACCACCUAGACCACUGCUGUGAGACCAACCCGACCUUCUCCCGCGUUGUGAAGGCCUUUGAGGCCACGGAGCGCUGUACCAAGCUCAACCUCAAGCACUACAUGCUCAAACCCGUGCAGAGGAUCCCACAGUACCGCCUCUUGUUGGAGGAGUACCUCAAACGCCUGCCAGAGACCAGCCCGGACUACAUCGACACCCAGACGGCGCUAGCGGUAGUGUCCAAUGUCGCGGCCCACGCUAACGACACCAUGAAGCAGGGGACGAACUUUAUGAAGCUACUGGCGCUCCAGGAUCGACUCAGUAGCAGUAGUAGCACUAGUGGAGACCAUGACAACACCAGCAGCAACACCGGCAGUAGCAACACAAGAGGUCCUCGAUAUGAACUAGUGCGGCCGGGAAGAUAUCUACUGAAGGAGGGAGAACUACUGAAGCUGUGUCGUCGGGAGAUGCAGCCAAGGUACUUUAUACUGCUGUCUGACGUUCUUCUUUACACAAGCUUCGUGACCAGUGGCCCAGGUGGCGCCCUUCGACUCAACUGUGAACUAACGCUGGAGGGGAUGAAAGUGGACACACCAACGGCAGAGGAAUUUAAGAACGAAUUUAGCGUCAUAUCAACCUCUCGUUCUUUUACCCUACAAGCGAGUACGGCCCAAGAACGAGAUGCUUGGAUAGAGGCGCUAAGAGAGGCUAUAGAGGACAAUGCCUCGCGUCGCUCGACCUUCAUGCAAGCUAAGAUGCCGCUAUAUCAACAACCGUCGACGCUAACACUCGGCAAACAGGCACCUGUGUGGAUCCCUGACUACCGAGUAACGAUGUGUCAACAAUGCACUGCAGAGUUCACCCUCACCUUCCGCAGACACCACUGCCGAGCUUGUGGCAAGGUUGUGUGUGAUCGCUGCUCAGCCAACCGCGCUCCUUUACAAUAUAAGAAACAUCAGGCAGCCAGAGUCUGCGAGACCUGCUUUGAAAUCCUGCAGAAGGACUUUGAGCACAAGUAUGAGGGUUCCUCGACCCUGGAGGAGCACCCGGGGAUGAGGAUAAGGAGAGUGUCCAGCCUUAAAGCUCAGUUCAAGAAAGGCGUCAGGGAUAGUGGCAGAAAUCGUAUCAGAAAGCGAAUCCCUGAGAGAUUGAUGGAGGUGUGUGCCAGUGACACCUCUUCUCAGAUGUGCGGUUAUCUCAGGAUGAUGGUGAGGAGGUCGUGGCGGAGAGGGUGGUUCGUGCUCAAGGACCGCGUGUUGUAUGAGUACCGAGCGCCUCAGGACGUGUGUGCCUUACAGAGCAUCCCCGUACUUGGCUACAAAGUUGAAGCCAUGGAGAGGGUGAAGGAAGUGGCAGAGGGCGUGGACACAUGUUUAGCCUUCCAGCUGACUCAUCCUAACCAGCAACCUCUAGUCUUCCACGCUGACACUCCUAAUCUUGCUGAGAAGUGGAUACAGGCCAUGAGGGAAGGCGUUGUUCUUACUUGACCUGGUGGAAGCUGAGUGACCUUCAUCUUCUCUACACUCUGCAGAAGAGGCAGCUCAAAUUCUGAAUGCCACGAUCUGAGUGCCAUGAUCUGAUUGCCAUUAUAUUAGCUCCGUGAUCCGAGCGCCAAUAUCUGAGUAAUGCCACGAUCUGAUGUAUAUUUAUGCCCUGAACUGUACAAUGGUCGAGCGGCAGGAGGACGAGGUAGCUUAUGUCCGUGUAUGACCUACGACUGUGCAGCAAGGUGUCGUGGAGGUGCCAGUGCGUCGUUCAUAAGCAUUCUAAGGUUUCUAGCUAUAAAUUUUUCAGCACUUAGUUUCCAUCAGAUGACAUCCAACUGUCACCACACUUGCCUAUACAGAAGUAAACUAAUCUUGGGGAUCGAAGUACUGAAAAUCCCUCAAGUUUGUUGGUUAAUGUAGAUACUAUAUAUCAAACUGUAGUGUAGUUAGUCAAUUAAACUUGAGUACUGUACUGUAGGUCCUUCAUCUGUGGCUCUGCUGGAUGUUGAUGUCUUGUCAUUACUCUGGACAGUUUCCGUUGUGUUGGGCCGGGGUAACUGAGGUGCUGUUUCCUUCAGCGAUAACGACCACCGAAACUAACGCCAAAAAUCUAGAUCCUAAAGUUCUUGUUUUGACGUUCUGAUAGAUCACCAGCCGAACAGAAGCUCCUCUAUACAUGGUGUUUAAAGAAAGGAAUAUCUGGGAUUGAGGUUAAUACUUCAAGGUCUCUAGUAACAUGGGGACGCAGAGAAAGUCGUCCCACCGACCGAGUGAACCUCUCAAGUGCGGCGCCGGGUAAACGCUGCCGCCAAAUAUAUCUUCUAUGUCUUUCUGAGUCUGUGAUGCAUUCCUGUUAUCACUAAAAUGUUGUUGAGAUAUUAAUAUAUAAUAAUAAAUACAUAUAAAGUAUAUAUAUAUAUAAUGUCGGUCAGUACACUGUGCAUAGUUUUUUAUAUGAGGCUGACCUGUAAGGAUUGUUUAUAGUGGUGUAGGCUUAAGAGUCUUGUUUCCUCCCGUCCCUCCCUCCAGUUAGGGUUGUUUAGCCGCACCAUUCUGAUUCACCCGAUUUAUUUUUCUGUCCCCGUCUCUUCAGGUUUAAACAUGCUGUACAGUGAAACCUCCAUAUAAUGAACUUCUCUCACCAUAUACCGGGUAAUCCAUUAGAUGGGGGUUUAACAUCUAAUGGGCCCUGAAUAUAAUGGACUUUUCUCUUUAGAUAGUUCGUUAGAUUGAGGUUUCACAUCUAAUGGGCCCUCAAUAUAAUGAACUUACCUCUUUAGAUAGUUCGUUAGAUUGAGGUUUCACAUCUAAUGGACCCUCGAUGUAAUUGACUUUCCUCUUUCUAUAGUCCGUUAAAUAGAGGUUUCACUAUACUGUUCCCAAAUAAUUUUCAAACUUGUACAAUGAAGCAGUGAGCCAGAUAGACCGCUAAAAAAAAUAUAAAAUACACAGUCUGCCCACGUCACUUUACCCCGAGAGAUUUGUAAAUGUCCUUUGUCCGAGUCUCACCGUACAGUCGACUCCCACCUACACAGUUACGAUGUAUUUAAAACCGUUUGCUUGUUGUUUUUUUCACCAAAUGAUUGUUUGUGUAUAUACAUGAAGUGGAAAAUAGAUGAAAAAAAUUUAUAGAAUUUUUACCUUAUUUAUUGUGAGUUAAGGAAGUGUCGAUGUGGGUGUGACCGCGUGGAUCGUACAUGUUAUUGUCGUCUGGCCACUAAACAUUCAAACUGUGUCGUCGUUUUAUCUCUCACUUUGUCGGUUCUCUAUCGUCAAUGACCAAAAAUUUCUAGAAUGACUUACUAAAAAGAGUUAAACCUAUAUUAGGAGUUUAUUGAAAUCAUAAGUCCAGGAGAAUGGUAGCUGUACUGUAUGGCCUCAGUCCUCAUAGGCUCCUAACCUAACCUGAUCAUUGGGACUGUUUGGGGGCUAUAAGGAUUGGGGCCCCCUUGACCUGUACCUUCUGAUAUAGACCCCAUAUUAUGUAGUUACACUGUAGUGAGUAAAAAGUGAGUAACAUUUCACAUAGUAAUUGUAAUAUCAUCUCAUGUAGCACGGGUAUACUCGCUCCAAGGGGCAUUAGUUGAGGUGCAACGAAUUUCAAAAUAAACACCGUGACCCGUUGUCUCGGUAGGGUUGUGAGAAUCCUUUGUCCGUUGGGUCAUGUGGCCUCGCACAAAAUAACAAAAGAUGCUUCUCUGGAGCGAGUGUACACGAGGCAUCGAGUCUUGGGGUAAGAUUACGUAGAACAUGAAUCAUCCCGUCUGUGUUGUUUACGUCUAGUCAUGUACACCGCCGUGUCCACAUAACCCAGUAAAAAAAAUAUUUCUCUA